GAGGGAGGGGCGCGUGGAGGCGCGAGUCCCCCUCCCCUCACUCCGGCCACCCUUUCCCCACCGCGCGGCAAGUGCUAAUCGCCGGGCGCGCGCUCGCCAGCCGGGGGCGCGCUCUCCGGGUCCUCCCCUUAAACGCCCUCUCCGCUCCGCUCAGCUCCCAGUCUCCGUCCGAGUCGCGCUUCCUCCCGCGCGCGCGCCUGCCCGCCCCCAGGCUCCCCGCGGGCCGCGUCACGUGACCGCGCCUAGCCAAGGCGGCAGCGGCGGCAACGCGAGCUUCGGCGGCGGCGGCGGCGGCAGUGGCAGCAGCUGCGCCGCCAGCGUGGAGCUGGAGGCGAGAGGGUGUGGAGAGAAGGGAGCGCCAGACCGGAACGGAUGUGUACAUCUCAUGACUGAUAGGAAGAAACUAGUCAUGGGCCAAAGGUCAAGAUACUUCCUUGGGAAAUGCUGCUGAUGCUCCUUUACAAAGUCAUACAAUGAGUGUUUGGUUUAAGAAAGAUUUUCAUAUUUAAAAGAUUUUCAUCUUGGAUAUAUAUCAAGUGAAAAUUAGAGUCUUUUGGGAAACAUUUUCCUCCUGUUAAAUUAUACUUGUAAUGGGCGACAUGGCAAACAACUCGGUUGCAUAUGGUGGCGUAAAAAACUCUUUGAAGGAAGCUAAUCAUGAUGGAGACUUUGGAAUUACUCUCGCAGAGCUGCGGGCUCUCAUGGAGCUCAGGUCUACAGAUGCAUUACGAAAAAUACAGGAAAGCUAUGGAGAUGUCUAUGGAAUUUGCGCCAGAUUAAAAACAUCUCCCAAUGAAGGUUUAAGUGGAAACCCUGCAGAUAUAGAGAGAAGAGAAGCUGUAUUUGGAAAGAAUUUUAUACCUCCUAAAAAGCCAAAAACCUUUCUUCAAUUAGUAUGGGAAGCAUUACAAGAUGUCACUUUAAUUAUAUUAGAAAUUGCAGCCAUAAUAUCAUUGGGCCUUUCUUUUUAUCAACCUCCAGAAGGGGAUAAUGCACUUUGUGGAGACGUUUCUGUUGGAGAGGAAGAAGGUGAAGGUGAAACUGGUUGGAUUGAAGGAGCUGCGAUCCUCUUGUCAGUAGUGUGUGUAGUAUUAGUAACAGCUUUCAAUGACUGGAGUAAGGAAAAACAGUUUAGAGGUUUGCAGAGUCGAAUUGAACAAGAACAGAAGUUCACAGUCAUCAGGGGUGGUCAGGUCAUUCAGAUACCUGUAGCUGACAUUACAGUUGGAGAUAUUGCUCAAGUGAAAUAUGGUGAUCUUCUUCCCGCUGAUGGCAUACUUAUUCAAGGCAAUGAUCUUAAAAUUGAUGAAAGCUCAUUGACUGGUGAAUCUGAUCAUGUUAAGAAGUCUUUAGAUAAGGAUCCCUUGCUUUUAUCAGGUACUCAUGUAAUGGAAGGCUCUGGAAGAAUGGUAGUUACUGCUGUGGGUAUAAAUUCUCAAACUGGAAUUAUCUUUACCUUACUUGGAGCCGGAGGUGAAGAGGAAGAGAAGAAAGAUGAAAAGAAAAAGGAAAAGAAAAAUAAGAAACAAGACGGAGCUAUUGAGAAUCGCAACAAAGCAAAAGCCCAGGAUGGUGCAGCCAUGGAAAUGCAGCCUUUGAAGAGUGAAGAAGGUGGAGAUGGUGAUGAAAAAGACAAAAAGAAAGCAAAUUUGCCAAAAAAGGAAAAAUCUGUUUUACAAGGGAAACUAACAAAGCUGGCUGUUCAGAUUGGCAAAGCAGGUUUGUUGAUGUCUGCCAUCACAGUUAUCAUUCUCGUAUUAUAUUUUGUAAUUGAUACAUUCUGGGUUCAGAAGAGACCGUGGCUUGCUGAGUGCACACCGAUUUACAUACAGUAUUUUGUGAAGUUCUUCAUUAUUGGAGUUACGGUUUUAGUGGUAGCAGUGCCAGAAGGUCUUCCACUUGCAGUCACUAUCUCACUGGCUUAUUCAGUCAAGAAAAUGAUGAAAGAUAAUAAUUUAGUGAGGCAUCUGGAUGCUUGUGAAACCAUGGGAAAUGCUACAGCUAUUUGUUCAGAUAAAACAGGAACAUUGACAAUGAACAGAAUGACAGUUGUUCAAGCUUACAUAAAUGAAAAACAUUAUAAAAAGAUUCCUGAACCAGAAGCUAUUCCACCAAAUAUUUUGUCCUACCUUGUAACAGGAAUUUCUGUGAAUUGUGCUUAUACAUCAAAAAUAUUGCCACCAGAGAAAGAGGGUGGAUUACCACGUCAUGUUGGUAAUAAAACUGAAUGUGCCUUGUUGGGACUUCUUUUGGAUUUAAAACGGGAUUAUCAGGAUGUUAGAAAUGAAAUACCAGAAGAAGCACUGUACAAAGUCUACACCUUCAAUUCUGUUAGAAAGUCCAUGAGUACUGUCCUGAAAAAUUCAGAUGGAAGUUAUCGAAUAUUCAGCAAGGGUGCAUCUGAGAUAAUUCUGAAAAAGUGUUUCAAAAUCUUGAGUGCUAAUGGUGAGGCAAAAGUAUUCAGACCAAGGGACCGUGAUGAUAUUGUAAAAACUGUGAUUGAACCGAUGGCAUCAGAAGGCUUGAGAACCAUAUGUCUUGCAUUCAGAGAUUUCCCAGCAGGAGAACCAGAACCAGAAUGGGAUAAUGAAAAUGAUAUUGUCACCGGCCUUACAUGCAUUGCUGUUGUGGGGAUUGAAGACCCUGUGAGACCUGAGGUGCCAGAUGCAAUAAAGAAAUGUCAGAGAGCUGGAAUUACUGUGAGGAUGGUCACUGGUGAUAAUAUUAACACUGCUCGGGCUAUUGCUACCAAAUGUGGUAUUUUACAUCCUGGGGAAGAUUUCCUAUGCUUAGAAGGUAAAGAUUUCAACAGAAGAAUACGAAAUGAAAAAGGAGAGAUUGAGCAAGAGCGGAUAGACAAGAUUUGGCCAAAGCUUCGAGUGCUCGCAAGGUCAUCUCCUACUGACAAACAUACACUGGUUAAAGGUAUAAUUGACAGCACUGUCUCAGAACAACGCCAGGUUGUAGCUGUAACUGGUGAUGGUACAAAUGAUGGCCCAGCAUUAAAGAAAGCUGAUGUUGGAUUUGCAAUGGGUAUCGCUGGAACUGAUGUAGCUAAAGAAGCCUCUGAUAUUAUUCUCACAGACGACAACUUUACAAGCAUUGUUAAAGCAGUUAUGUGGGGACGAAAUGUCUAUGAUAGCAUCUCAAAAUUCCUUCAGUUCCAGCUUACUGUUAAUGUAGUAGCAGUGAUUGUUGCUUUCACGGGCGCCUGUAUUACUCAAGAUUCACCGCUUAAGGCUGUGCAGAUGCUGUGGGUAAAUCUCAUAAUGGAUACGCUCGCUUCCCUGGCUCUGGCAACUGAACCCCCCACUGAGUCUCUCCUGCUUCGUAAACCUUAUGGUAGAAAUAAGCCUCUCAUCUCACGCACAAUGAUGAAGAAUAUUUUGGGUCAUGCGUUCUAUCAGCUUGUAGUAGUCUUUACACUCUUGUUUGCUGGAGAAAAGUUUUUUGAUAUUGAUAGUGGAAGAAAUGCUCCUUUGCAUGCUCCUCCAUCGGAACAUUAUACUAUUGUUUUUAAUACCUUUGUACUGAUGCAACUUUUCAACGAAAUAAAUGCUCGGAAAAUUCAUGGUGAAAGAAAUGUGUUCGAAGGAAUCUUUAAUAAUGCCAUCUUCUGCACAAUUGUUUUAGGCACAUUUGUGGUACAGAUAAUAAUUGUGCAGUUUGGUGGAAAACCUUUCAGUUGUUCAGAACUUUCAAUAGAACAGUGGCUCUGGUCAAUAUUCCUAGGAAUGGGAACGUUACUCUGGGGCCAGCUUAUUUCAACAAUUCCAACUAGCCGUUUAAAAUUCCUAAAAGAAGCUGGUCAUGGAACACAAAAGGAAGAAAUACCUGAGGAGGAGUUAGCAGAGGACGUGGAAGAGAUUGAUCACGCUGAGCGGGAGUUACGGCGUGGCCAGAUCUUGUGGUUUAGAGGUCUGAACAGAAUUCAAACGCAGAUGGAUGUAGUGAAUGCUUUCCAGAGUGGAAGUUCCAUUCAGGGGGCUCUAAGGCGGCAACCCUCCAUCGCCAGCCAGCAUCAUGAUAUUCGAGUGGUGAAUGCAUUUCGUAGUUCUUUAUAUGAAGGGUUAGAAAAACCGGAAUCAAGAAGUUCAAUUCACAACUUUAUGACACAUCCUGAGUUUAGGAUAGAAGAUUCAGAGCCUCAUAUCCCCCUUAUUGAUGACACUGAUGCUGAAGAUGAUGCUCCUACAAAACGUAACUCCAGUCCUCCACCCUCUCCCAACAAAAAUAACAAUGCUGUUGACAGCGGGAUUUACCUUACAAUAGAAAUGAACAAGUCUGCUACCUCUUCAUCCCCAGGAAGCCCACUACAUAGUUUGGAAACAUCACUCUGAUUGUAAGCUGAAUGUUAACACACUAGCUGCAUUGUAAAGAAACAAAUUGAAACUGGGUCUUUUCACAUAUUGUGACGGACAAGAUAGUAUUCUUGUCUUUGGACUUCAACAGAAGACACACUUGUACGAAUGUAGAUUUAUUUUUUUAAAAAAAAAAAAGCAAAGCUUUCUGCCAGACUGAGGGUGCUUUUUGGGGGGUGGGAGAAAUGAACUGACAGAAACAGUAACUCAGCUUAAGUUGACCUGUGGAUCAUCAGUAGAACCUAAGAAUGGUCCUGAACAGUGUAUUAGCAAAGCUUUAGUUUAUCUCAAUCCUUGAUGGGAGAGAGGGAGGAGUAAAGCUGGGCAAGCAAGCAAAGAGCCCUGGAUCAUUGAAUUGAUGCUUUAAUUUCUGCUGUUGGCUGUUAAUAAUUUGGAUUAUUUAUGUUUAUAAAUGAUACAGAUCUGUUUACAAGGUUUGUAGAUACUUUUUUUGUUCCUGUUCAUAGAUGGGAAGCUUCCUUAUAACUGAUGCAGAGAAAAAUUAGUCCUUCAAAUACUGCUGUAUUUUCAGGAAAAAAAAGGGGGGGGGUGUUUCUAUUGAAACUGUACUAAAUUUUUGCCUACAAUUUACCUUGUUAAAUAUUGUAGAUAAAUUGCUAAUACUAAUAGCCAAAUAGAUAACACUAAUGCUUUGUUUAAAAAAACAAAAAACAAACAAAACAAAACAAAAAAACAUGAGCAGUGGUGUUCUAAUGAAGUUAUGGCAUCUGUCCUAAUUAGUUUCUUAAAUACAUUUACUACUUAAUGGUUUUGAAACAACUGUUUAAUUUUUAAAAUUUUUGAAAACUUGCUAAUAACCUUUGUUCAGAAUUUAGUAGAUUGUUUAAUGCAGGACAUCAACUACAUAAUGAAAGAUGCUUGAAAUGCUUUUGUUAUUUCAGGCAAAUCAAAUUAAAUCAAACUAUCAAACUACAAGAGAACUUUAGUCCUUUUUGUUUUUGUCUAAACAUGUUAGUUCAGUGAUGUCUUGGUGAACUGUGAGUGAACUGUAUUGAUUUUUCUAAUAAAUCCUUAGAAACCUUCAUACAGCAUGAGGGCUGUUGGCAUUUUGAAAAAGGUUAAUAAGUAGAAGCAUACAUGUUUUCCUUUUGUUUUUGAAACUUGUUUGUAAACAUAAAUAAAUAUGCCCUUUUAUUAAAUAAAUACACAGCAAUGUUUUUUUAAAAAGAAAUUUCAGCUUCUUUACUCAAUUCUACAUAUGUGGUGCAUCGGUCUGUUCUCUUUAACCACAAUUGGAAUAAAUUUCAAGAUGGUAACAGCCCCAUGAAGUACCCCCUUUAAUUCCUUGGUGGCAGUCUAACAGAACCAAAUUAAGGAAAUCAUUGCAGUUUGACAUGUUCUUCAUAGAGUUUAGUUUGCCUAAAAUAGUCUCACAGUUUAAAAAAAAUAAUGACCACCAUUGUCUUUGAUACAUUUGUUUUCAUUCUUAAGUGGCCAAAUAACAAAUUAGGUAAAAUGAGAUUAUGUGAAAAGGUGGGAAAGGUCCUAAAAAUAUACAUAUUUAGCUGUAAUAAUUAACCAUAUGCUGGAAUGCCCAUCUCUAAGCCAGUUGGAGUCUUGUAAGUUUUUUUUUUUUUCUUUUGUCUACCUUCUCCCCCGUUUUGCCUCUGUCUUUACCUUUUAGGAAUUGGCAUUGUGUUAGGGCCCAGAUUGCAUCAGAUAUACAAUCCUCAGGCUGACAUAAAGUUUACGAGGACUACUACAACAUCUGAGAGUGCUGACCCAGCAAAGAAACAUUUAGUUGAUGGUGCUUGAUAUUUUUGGUGGGUGGGGGAGAAUCUUUUUCUCCCCAUCAGUCCUUUGCAGUUAGCCUCUGCAAGACUUAGAAAAACAUUGGCUCUGUCAGCAUUUGUAACUGUACAUUAUUCAUCAGGUAUUUAUAGCAAAUCAUACUGUAAAAAGAGGUAGCAUGAUAUGCUGGAAAGCAUAUGAGGCUAGGAGUCAGGACCUGGUUUCUAGUCUUGAUUUUGCCAUUAACGUGCUGCAUGACCUUGGGGAAAUCAUUUACCCUAAAUGAGGGUGGUGGACUAGACUAUCUUGAAGAACCCUUUCAGCUCUAAAACUCUACCCUAUCAACUGGAGAGCCUACAAGGCAUAGGGAAUAGAGAAAAGGGAAAUGUUUUCAGUUUUCUUUUUUAUUUUGGUUAUGCUUAAAUAUGAAUGUAAUUACCAAAAGAGUUAGAAGUGCAUGUGCUUUGGAGGAUUUGUAUUGAGCUUUUACAGUAUUCAUUUUUCAACUCAAGGCAAUGGCUUUUUACACCACCUCUAAUCCAUAAACGGGUCUUAUGACAUUCAUGAAGUAGUAGCAAGACAUGCUUAGUGUGUAUUUCUCUCUUUGAGACACUGUAAUUUCUACCAGAAAUUUCCAGAGCAUUAUGUAAGUGGAAAAAAAUGCAAACAAGCUGUUAAAGAUCUUGGAUCCCAUUAUAUAGUAUGUAUAGCUGAAAUCAGCAUCUGUAAUUCAAUCACGUUUCCUCUUUUAUCCUCUAACCAAAAAAUUGUUUAAUUUUGCAUCCCAAAUGUUUUUAAUCUUUGUAUAUUUUUAAAAAAUCUUUUUCUCCUCAUCAUUGCCUUUUUUGUGGUUGUAAAUAGACUUACUUGCACUUUGAAGAUGAGUUACUCCUUGUCAUCUUAUAAAUAUGUGAUAUGGUAAUUUUCAUAACAGAUGUCAGUUUUGAACCAAGAAAUGGUGAUUUGUUUAUAAGCAAAAAAAAAAAAAAACUGGCUUCAUUUCUGUGAAAUUGCUCUUUGAAAAUUUCUUUUUACACGUGUAAGCCAACUGAGAUACCGUGAUGGUGUUGAUUUCUUUCAAUGAUGCUUACCAUCUAUUUUAGCCACUGAGCCUUUUAUUAUUUGUCUAUUUGUAAAGUUUAUUUGUCUUAACUCAUUUAAUAAAUAUACUGUUUAUCUGUUUCUGAAUGGGGACUGAACUUUUUGAAUAUUUAAAUUGAUUUGAACAUCAUAUUUGGGAAUUAUUUUUUUCUACUUGAAAUUUUAAAAAUCUAAUUGAUGAAAAUUCUGUAAUGUACUUGAAAUGUUAUGGCUGUGUUACAGUGAAUCAGUGUUCUAAUAUGCAUGAUCUUGCCCCUAGAAUGAAAGUGGGUAUAUUGUCCCUACUCUCCUACCCACUGUCUUCAAUCUUUGUAGCACAAGAGAUAAUUUUUGCAGUCCAGGGGAGAGUAAUGUUUGGGUUUUAGAAAAGAUUAGUUUUUCACAUUAAAUGUAAGACCUUAUUUUUUCAUUAACUAAUGCAAAGUUGUCAAUAGCAAUUAUCUGAACGUUAUGGUAACAAAAUUAAUCUAAUUGCCCUCAGCUGGUUUUUAUAAUAAAUUAUUAACAUAAGUUAGCAACUUUGUUGAAAUACUGAGAAAACUUUAAAUGAUUAUUAAUAUCAUAUUUUUCCAACAGUAAAAAUUAUUCAGUUAAUGAGUAUAUAUAAGUACCAUAUUUAUGACAUGAGAGAUGUUUUCUACUUUGUCAAGUUCGAUUGUAUAUAUGUAUUAUGUAUUAGGAUUGAAUUUUGAAUUAAGUCCCUUUGUAAAAUUAACUGAAUAAGAAAGGGAAGUUUCUGUACGUUUCUGCUUAUUGACAUUUUUUCUUCCCUGUGUCUUUAGAGAGCUCCUGUCAUGUUACAGCUGCCUUUGUUCUUUUAAUGUACUCCACUCUUAAGACUCUGACGUCCAAACCCCAUAUCAACCUGUAUCUUUUUAAAUUAGUGUUGCACUCAUUUGUAGACCAAAAAAACCUUUUAAUAGCAUAAUUAUACCACCGAACUAAAAACAAUCUUUGAAAGAUCCUUGAAAAAUUGUCUUUAUUUUAGAAUAAGCAUUAUAAAAAUACCAUAAAGAACGUUUCAUGCUGUAAUGGGAGUCAUGGUUGUAUUCCUGUACUUCUCUUAUCAGUACAUGUCAAAAAGGAAAUGAUCUUUGUCCUUAUAAUGUAACUUCCUUUCAAUAGAUAGAUGAUUUUGUCUCUUAAACUCUCGAUAGCUUAUUUUUGUACUUUCUGU